UCUGUGAUUGUUUUUUAAAUCGCAGCAUUAAUUUAAGCUAAGUUAACCGUCUGCUUAUUACUGUUCCUACUGCAAAGCUAUUCAGGACGCCAAGGUCAAAGGCGUCGGCUUCAUUUUCAGAUGUGAAAUGAACCGAAGCGGACGUUAAGAGCGACUCCUGUCCGAGGUUUUAGGUUUUCUUGAAUAAGCACUUAAAAACUGACGAAGUCUGUGAAUAAUCAGUUGUCAAAUAUCUCAUUUAAAGUAUUUUCAUUUUGGUGGGAUACUAGUGUGCUGCGCUUAUUCUGUAUUUCCAAAUCUUUCUUUUGUCAUCAGAUACAUUUUGGGUAGGCUGUGAAGAUGGCACCAAAGAGUCUUUCAAAAAAGUAUUCAAAUCAGAGCAAGAAUAAGAAGACAAAUGUUGAUGAUCUUGACUCUAUAAAAGUCAAUCCAAGUGAUGAAUUGUUUCAUAUAAACAACGAGGAAGUUGAUGUUGAUUUCUCCAAUAAAAAGAUCAAAAGAUUAAAAAGACCAAGGGAGGAGGAUUCCUUCAGUGACUUCUCUGAGAUCAGACUAAAGCAUGAAGCAAAGAAAAAAAAGCUGGAGAAAAAUUCCAAAAAGCAACCAAAAAUAAAAAGCUUGAAGAAAAAGAAAAGGUCAUUAUCCAAAAUACGAACAGCAACUAAUGAGGAGUCUGAAUUGGCUUCAGUGUUGCCAAUUAAAAAGGCUGAUGUUGAAGAAAAUGAGCAGCAAUGGAAAUGUAGUCCAGGAAUGAUUUAUGUUAAAGAGGAGGAAGAAGACAUGGGUUUUUGCACUAAAAACUUUGAAGCUAAAAGAUCAAGAAAGGAAGAAGAAUAUGACGAUUUUGUAUUAAAACCUAAACAGAAAUCCCAGGAAAAUAUGACAGACACAAUGUCCAAAAAUCUGACAAGUAAAGGAAAAAAUAAGGGAAAGAAGUCAAAGAAAGAACAGCGACCAUUAAAGAAGGUGAAAGCCGAGGAUGAUCCAACUUCAGGCAGCAAGCAAAAAGAGGAAGAAGAGUGCUGGAGAUGGUGGGAGGAAGAUAAAUAUGAAGAUGGUGUUAAAUGGAAGUUUUUGGAACAUGCUGGACCCUUCUUUCCUCCUGCAUAUGAACCUCUUCCUAAAGAUGUAAAAUUCUUUUAUGAUGGCGAACUAGUGUCAUUAAGUCUAGAAGCAGAAGAAGUCGCUGGUUUCUUUGCCCAUAUGCUAAAUCAUGAAUAUACAACAAAAGAGAUCUUCAGGUGUAAUUUUUUCAACGACUGGAGGAAGGUGAUGACAGAAGAUGAAAAGAUGAAAAUAGUUGAUCUAAACAAAUGUGAUUUUACAGAAAUGGCAAACUACUUUACAGCUAAAACCGAAGCCAGAAAGAACUGUAGCAAAGAAGAAAAACAGGUAUUAUCAGAGUCUUGUCAUCCUACAGUAACAAAUAAAAUCAAAGAAGUUAAUCAGAAAAUCACAGAUCAGUUUGGAUACUGCCUCAUGGAUCACCAUCGUGAAAAAAUUGGAAACUUCCGAAUUGAACCACCAGGACUUUUCAGAGGAAGAGGGGAACACCCAAAGCAAGGAAAGCUGAAAAAAAGAGUGCAGCCUGAGGAUGUCAUUAUCAACUGCAGCAAAGAUUCAAAGAUCCCAGAGCCACCUUUUGGGCACAAAUGGAAAGAGGUUCGACAUGACAAUACAGUAACAUGGCUAACAAGUUGGACUGACAAUGUUCAAGGCUCUUGCAAGUAUAUAAUGCUGAGUGCAAACUCCAAACUUAAGGGGCAAAAGGACUGGGAAAAAUAUGAAGUGGCAAGGAAGCUGAAAACUUGUGUAGAUGAAAUCCGAGCCAACUACCGACAGGACUGGAAAUCUAAAUUAAUGAGUGUACGUCAAAGAGCUGUUGCACUGUACUUCAUUGAUAAGUUGGCUUUGAGAGCUGGAACAGAAAAAGAAGAAGGUGAGACUGCAGACACAGUAGGCUGUUGCUCUCUGAGGGUGGAGCAUAUAAAACUUCACCCUGAGCUUGAUGGGAAGCACAAUGUAGUUGAAUUUGACUUUCUUGGUAAAGAUUCCAUUCGCUACUACAAUCAGGUGCCUGUGAAGAAAACGGUUUUCAAAAAUCUGAAACUUUUCAUGGAGAACAAGGAUGGAGAAGAUGAUUUAUUUGACAAAUUAAAUACCACUCUGCUGAAUAAGCACCUCCAAUCUUUGAUGCCGGGCUUGUCUGCAAAAGUUUUUCGAACAUACAAUGCUUCCAUUACACUGCAGGAACAACUUCAGGCACUUACAGACAAGUCAAGUAGCAUCCCUGAAAAGAUAUUGGCGUAUAAUCGAGCUAACCGUGCGGUUGCAAUUUUGUGUAACCACCAGCGUGCACCUCCAAAGACCUUUGAACAGUCCAUGACUAAUUUAAACACAAAGAUUGCAAGCAGGAAGGAACAGUGUGCCAUCACCAAAAAGGAAUUAAGAGAAGCCAAAAAAGAAGCAGAAGCCACGAAAGAUAAAAAAUUACAAAUGAUUGUGGAAAAGAAACGCAAAGCUUAUAAAAGGUGUAAAGAAGGAGUUAUGAAAUUAAUGGUCCAGGCAACUGACCGUCAAGAAAACAAGCAGAUAGCCCUGGGCACCUCCAAACUCAACUAUCUUGAUCCAAGAAUCAGUGUUGCUUGGUGUAAAAAUACGGAGGUGCCAUUGGAGAAGAUUUAUAACAAAUCUCAGAAACAAAAAUUUGCCUGGGCAGUUGAUAUGACAGCUCCUGAUUUUGUGUUUUAAGUUUUGUUCUUUGUUUUUACCUUUUUAUAUAGUUUUUGUGUUACUUUAGCAUACAUUUUACAGUGAUCUUAAACUAUUCCUUGAAUAAAGUUUGCACUUUUAUUAAAACCUUCA